CCAAUGUUGAUGUAACAACUAUGAGCAACAUAGAUAGAUAGAUACAAAAAAAAAGUUAUAAAUGAAAGGGAUUUUACGGUCCAUAUAUGUUAGGACGUGAUAAUAAAACCUUUCUGGUACAGAAGUCAUAACUAACCUGCUUGAUUCUUCACCAACCAUAAGAAAAAGCAUCCAUCAAAAAUGUCACUCUCUCUAUUUAGUAUUUUCUACUUAUUGCAGAAAACACAGUCCCUUAGUAUUCUACUCAAACAAAGCAACAUUAUAUAUGGAGAAACAGAAACUCUCACAAGAAGAAAAGGAAAAUAAAUUUUCAGUGUCGUCAAAUUACAGUAACAAUACUGUGUGGGAUUGUGGAAGUACACUUUAUGAUUCCUUUGAACUCAACUCCUUCAAAAACCAACUUGACUCAGCCAUAGCUAGUUCAAACAUUUUAAAUAGAACACUUUCCAUGUCUCAUUUACCGGAGCGUCAAGUCACAGUACUUCAGAAAUCUUCGUCUUCUUCUUCUUCUUAUUCUUCUUCGGUUAUGUCAAAGAAGUCGUACAAGAUUUCUCGUUCUUUUCAGAAUUUUAUUCGUUCAGUUUUCAAGUCGGGCAAUAAGAAAUCCGACCUUUCAAGCAGUAUCACUGGCACUAGCAGUAGCAAUAGUUUCAAAAUGCAAGAAAAAUACUCCAAAGAGUGUUUGUAUAUGGUUUAUGAUAAGUCUGGACCAGUUCUUUCUACUAUACCUGAAGUUCCUGAAUUUGAGAUUGGUGUUCUUUCACCUGAGGUCUUUUCCUUGGUUAAAAGGUCAGCUUCUGAUCGGUUCACGACCACCACAAUUGGUAUUGCGUGCGUCUAAAUUGAGGUUUUACAAUGGAAUUUACUCAUAACUUGUCAACUUCGUAACAACAUUCUAUGCCAACCUGAUGAUCGUCCCCUUAAUUUUUAAGUUUUAGAUCCAUGUUGUUAUUUAAUUAGAGUUGAUUAAAUUAUUAUUGUACGUUAGUUAAUCUUAUUGGGGUCUUGUAAACUCAUCAAUUGGCAUAUUAUAUAAGAAUUAGAGUGUGUGUGCAAGAUUUCUGUUUUGAAUAUAAUAAAUCUAGCUGAUCUCAUGCCA